AUGGUUAAAAUAAGUUGUAAUAAAGUAUUAAGUAAUCAUUCUGGAUCAGUUACAGUUGUAAAAUAUAAUAGUGAUGGUGGAUAUUGUUUAAGUGGUUCAUCAGAUAAAUCAAUUAAACUAUAUAAUGUUUCAAAAGGUAGUAUGAUUCAUUCAUUUGAAGAGCAUGGAUAUGGUAUUGGUGAUUUAGUAUCAACAUCAGAUAAUAAACAAUUAUUUUCAUGUGCAGAGAAACAACUUUAUCAAUGGGAUAUUGCAAGUGGUCAAGUUAUAAGAAGAUUUCAAAAUGCUCAUAAUGAUACAAUUACAAGUGUUUGUGUAAAUUUAGAUUCAACAUUACUUUUCUCUGGUUCAUCUGAUAGAUUAGUUAAAGCAUGGGAUCUUAGAACUAAAUCAAUUAAUCCAGUUCAAAUUUUAGAUGAUGCAAAAGAUACAAUUACAUCAAUCAUUGUCAAUGAACAAACUAUAACUCAUAAUCAUAGUCAUGGCCAUGGUCAUUCUCAUGGCAAUAAUAAUAAUAAUCAACCUCAUACUCAUACUCAAAAAGAAGUUAUUACAAGUAGUGUUGAUGGUUGUAUUAGAACAUAUGAUGUUAGAAUGGGUACAUUGGUAACUUAUGAAGAUACAAUUCCAAUAUCAUCAGUUUCAAUUACAAAAGAUAAAAAAUGUUUUAUUGCAAGUUGUACAGAUGAAACUGUUAAAUUAAUAGAUAUAGAUUCAUAUGAAACAUUAAAAGAAUAUAAAGGUCAUAAAAAUAAAGUUUAUAAAAUUAAUAGUUGUUCAAAUUUUGAUGAUUCCUUAAUAAUUAGUGGUAGUGAAGAUAAUGAUUUUUAUAUCUAUGAAUUAUUAAGUGGUAAAUUAUUAUCAAAAUUAUCUGGUCAUUCAAAUAUUAUAACUCAUGUUGAUUCUCAUCCAUCAAAAAAUCAAUUCAUUACUUCUUCAACUGAUUGUACAAUUAGAAUUUGGGAUCAAUCAGAAUAA